AUGCCAAGCCCAUUGAAUAAAUUAGCAUCCACAUUACGUGGAGGUGGUUGUGGUUGUGGAUCUACAAAACGAUUCCCAUCGCAGAUAUAGUCUUAAAGUCUGAUAUUUAAGACAUAGAAAAUUUCAUUACAAGAUUUGAUUCUUUUGUCUAAACUAUAUACACUAAAGCAGCUGUUGCUGCUAAUUAAUUAGAAGCUUAAGAAAUAAUGA